AUGGGUCAGCAACAAUCAGGAGCUCGUGUCGAUGACAUGGUCAUCCCUUCCACAUCAAAUUAUUCAACUACAAUACCCACAACUAACCUUUCGAAUAAUAAUAUUCGACAAUUUUCAAUACCACCAACUAACCUUGUACAAUAUUCCACUUCUCCUCCAUCAAAUUCUAAUCCAACAACAACAUCAUCUUCUCCUCCAUCCAUUGAAACUCUCUCACCACCAUCAAAGAAAAAAUUUAUUACUCAACUCGUCAAGAGAAUUAAAGCAACUUCACCAGUUCGUAAAAAUCAACUUGUCGAUGAUCAUUACAUACCCAAUUCGAAUAGAAAAGCAGUAGCAUCGAGUCCUACCUCUACUCCUGCUUGGUCAAUUAAUAAGAGAUCAAAUUCUAUAGUGAUGAAUAAUUCGAAUGAUGAUUCACCACCUAAUGAAUUGAUUAUGGCAUCUGCUAGGAGUAUUUCCUCCUCACAAUAUGAUCAAUAUUUGACAGAAAGUGGUGGAGUACCUCUUUCACCAGAUGGUCAAUAUACAUUUAGUUUUAGUUUAGAAUCAAUUUUGGAACAGAAUGAGAAUGAAUUGAGUGUAAUUAGAUCAUUUUUUGAACAGUAUGGAUUUGUGAUUAUUAGAAAUGUUAUUUCACAGGAGCAAAUUGAUAAAACAAUUGAAGAAAUUUGGUCAAUUAUUGAAGGAAAAGAUGAGUCAACUGUGGAAGUGAUGGAAUCUUUGAAAUCUUUCCAUCAAUCUGCGUUUAUUCCUGCUAAUAGAAAUGAUCCAACAACUUGGAAAGAAGAAUGUGGUUGGCCAUCGUUUUCACAAGUUGGAAUUCUUGGUAAUCAACCAGCUCUUGGAAGAUGUGCCAUGGAAAAUCGUCAGAAUGAAAACAUUUACAAGAUUUUCAAUUUUUUAAUGGGCUGUAAGAAUCCAAUUUCCACACAUUCGAGUACGAGUAGUGGUCUAUUGCAACCUCAUCAGAGAAUUAGUUCACUUUCGUUUUCUCCUCAAUCUCCUUCUUCCAUUUCACCAAAUUCUCCUUCCUCUUUGAAUUGUGCAUCUGGUAGUUCCUGGAAUGGAGGUCUCUCUCCUAGUAAUCCACAACAACAAAUGUAUUCCCAAUCGAAAAAGGAGCAUUCGAGAAGGAAUUUCAAUCACAAAUUGUGGUGCAGUUUUGAAACGUAUGGAGUGAUGCGUCCAACGAAACAAGUUCUCAUGAAAGAUGGCAAGACAAGAAAGGAUUUCCCUCAAUACAAGACCAAUGAUAAUUGGCUUCAUUGGAGAUUAAAUCCAUGGAAGCUCUAUAAGGAAUAUCAAGCAUUGAAGAAUAAUGUUAAGAAAUUUUCACAAUCUCCACAGGGAAGUUGUGGCAAUUGCUUUGCGUCUGAUCAUUCAUAUUAUGAUCAGGACUAUUCCAUUUAUUCUGAGGGUUAUUUCAAUUCAUCGAGUCCACUGAGUAGUAGUGUUACCAUGCCAAGCGAAGGACAACAAUUCUUGAAUGGCAGCAGUGUCAAUUCUCCUGGAGACUCGAAAACAAAUCCAGAAUCGAAUGGACAAGCAAAGAAGAAACAAUCAUCCACUCCCUAUGAGAAAUCUCUUCUCCAAUUGAAAACCUGGACAGGAAGAAAGUUUUUACUGAACGAAGAUUAUGGAUUAUUCAAAGCUCUCUCUCAACAAUCAAAUGUAAAUUAUAAUUAUGUCAAUCCAAGAGUUGACUACAUGGGAUCUGAAGUUAAAUUGCAAGGAAUGAUCAACUUGAUUGAUAGCAAGGAACAAGAUGGAGGAUUAAUGCUCGUUCCUUGUUUUCACACUCAAUUCCUUUCCUAUGCAAAGGCCACUUUUAAAAAGUUUGCUGGAAAAUCUGAUCAUUUGGACAAUUUUGUAAAAGUUCCACCAGGUUUCCACAAUUUAGAUUUGUACAAGAUGGCCAAACCAAUCUCCUUACCAGCUGGAGCAAUUAUUAUUUGGGAUUCCAGAAUUCCAACUUGUACCUAUCAGAAUGAUUCAGACAAAUUCCACAUGGCUCAAUAUGUGAGAAUGUUCAAAUGUGAAAAGUAUCUCGUACCAUCAUCAGAAUCCAGUCCUAGAAAUCCAUCACUUUUGGAAAUGAGAAGACAAUUAAUUGAAAGAUCAAUGCCAAAAGAUUUUGAAGUGACACCACUAGGAAAGAAACUCUUUGGAUUGGAUCGUCAAUGGUAGAGAGAAAUGAAAUUUGAGCAAUAAAUUACUUUUAUUG